AUGCCGGGUCGGAUGCAUUCAUUGAUGGAGAAAGCUUCGGAGAUUAUGGGUAGACAGCCGUUGAAAGGAAAUCAUUCGACCAUGCUGGGAAUAGCUCACACAAGAUGGGCAACUCAUGGCGAAGCAUCUGAAAGAAAUGCUCAUCCUGUUACAAGUGAUGAAUCAGGAAGCUUUUUUGUGGUGCAUAAUGGAAUAGUGUCCAACUAUAUUACACUUAAGACUGGACUAUUGGGAGAAUCUUAUACAUUUGAAACAGACACAGAUACUGAGGUAAUCAGUAAAUUAGCAUUGAAGUUAUACAAUGAAAAUUCCAGCAUUUCCCUGUUGGAAAUUGCCAGGAAAAUUGAGGAUCUGGUGCUCCAUUGA